UUCAGCUGCUACCUUAAUUUUCUGAUCUGGGGUCUUACUAUUUUUAUCUUUAAAGUGCUCUGUUUCAUUACCAUCUGGCUUUUCUUCUAGAUGUAAUGAGAUCAAGAAUUGAAGCAUUGUUUCCAAUUCUUUGACCAGAUUUAAAGUUUCAAUUUUUUUUUCUUGUGAACUGUGUAAUUGUAUUUUUCAAUGGAAGAAGAUCAAGAAUUCAAGCAUGUAUGCAAGUUUUGUAGCAAGAGCUUCCCCUGUGGUAGAUCCUUGGGUGGACAUAUGAGGUCUCACAUGACUACCAACAAUAAUUCAGCUGAAACAGAUGACAAACUCAUAAAGAAAAAGCUUGUUUCUGUCAAAAAUGUUGUCAAUGAUGCUGACACUGAAACUCGCCUUGAAGCUGGGAUUAAUGGUGGCUAUAUCCUCAGAAAGAAACACAAGAAGACACGGAGACUAUUAGAUUCAAGUGAAGACACUUCAGUUCAUGACAAGGUUUGCAAAGAGUGUGGCAAAGGUUUCCAAUCUUGGAAAGCAUUGUUUGGUCACAUAAAGUGUCAUUCAGAGAAAGAAAGAGCUUCCAAUAAUAGCUUGGAGGAGCAAGAUUCUUGGACCAGUGCUAACCAAAAGCUGGUAAUGGAUAGCCAAUCUGACAAUGAAACUGCUGCUCCAAGUAAAGGGAGGAGAUCCAAAAGAAAAACAAGGUACAUGUGCACUGAAAAUUCUUCAAUCUCUUUAAGUAACCAUGCUUCCUCUUUCAUGUCGGAAAUUGAACAAGAACAAGAAGAGGUUGCUUUAUGCUUGAUGAUGCUUUCUAGAGAUGUGGGUCAUUGGGCUGGCUUGAAUUCUUUUGCCGAAUCUUCUGAUAAUAACUCUGUGUUUUUGGAAGCUAAAAUUGGGAUUAAAGCUUCCAUCUGUAAUGGUAAGGAGGUCCAGAAGUUGAAAAAACAGAAAGAGAAGAAGUUAGAAUCUGCUAUAGUGGAUUCUGAGACUUUCCAAACUGGGGGUGUACAAUCAGAAUUUUGCGCUUCUGAGCUGUCAAAAACUUGGGUUAUUAGAGUGAAUAAAAGUGAAAGCGAAGUUUCUGAACAAACAGGAGUGAAUAGAGCUCAACUGGGCUCCAAUAAGUUGAAUUCAAGCAGGAGAAAGUUACCAGGUCGCUCUUAUGAUCCUGAACUGAAAUCAGGUUCUGUGAACAAAUUGACAGCUGAUGUUCUUGACUCUGAAUUCUGUAAGGAUCCUCAUAAGAGAAGCAAGUUUGAAUGCACUACUUGUAGCAAAAUCUUUCAUUCUUACCAAGCUCUCGGAGGUCAUAGAGCUAGCCAUAAGAAAAUCAACGGCUGCUUUGCCUCAAGAAUUGACAGCAGUGAAAAUAGCAUUGAAACUGAAAACUCCCCCGACCCAACAGCCGAUAGCAAGCUUGUCAAAUCAAUUGGCAAUGAAACUCCCAUUGCUCAUUUAGCUGCAGACAGUGAUGAUAAGAGGAGCAAAGGACAUGAGUGCCCCAUUUGUCUCAAGGUUUUCCCAUCAGGCCAAGCCUUAGGUGGUCACAAGAGAUCUCAUUUGAUCGCUCAGGCAAAAGAAAACCAAACAAUUGUAAUUCAAAAACCAAUUCCGGAAAUUCGUGACUUUCUUGAUCUUAAUCUGCCUGCUCCUGUUGAAGAAGAAACCGUGUUCAUUUGGGGUUCAAGCCUUGGUGGGUUGGAAGCAGCCACAAGCACGAAGCAUUAG